CCAAUCCGUGGGCUCCGCCAGCCAGCCAAUAGGAAUGCUCAGAGGUGAUGUCAUGUUGAGAGCCGGUGCUGAUGCUGGGAUUGUCUCUGAGAGAUUUAAUUCAGGGAGUUGAGCUGACAGGAGACCAGUAUCCUACCAGACAAAGGUCAUUUACCUCAUACUGUGAACCUCCUAGAAACCAAAUACGGACCUUAGCAUCAUGACUUUGGCAGCCUACAAAGAUAAGGUGAAGGAGCUCCCCCUAGUGUCACUAUUCUGUUCCUGUUUUCUCUCUGACCCUUCAAAAAAACAGACCUACAAAUAUGAUGCAGACACUGUGGACCUGACGUGGUGCGUUAUCUCAGACAUGGAGGUCAUAGAAUUAAACAAGCGGACCUCUGGUCAUGCCUUCGAAGUCAUUCUAAAGCCACCUUCAUUUGAUGGAGUCCCAGAACUAAACGGCACCCUUCCCCAGCGGCGAGACCCGUCCCUGGAGGAGAUCCAGAAAAAACUUGAAGCAGCUGAAGAGAGGCGCAAGUACCAGGAAGCCGAGCUUCUCAAGCACCUGGCGGAGAAGAGGGAGCACGAACGUGAAGUGAUUCAGAAAGCCAUUGAGGAGAACAACAACUUCAGCAAAAUGGCCAAGGAGAAACUAACACAGAAAAUGGAGGUCAACAAGGAGAACAGGGAAGCGCACCUAGCCGCCAUGCUGGAGCGUCUGCAGGAGAAGGUUAGUUAAAGGACAAGCACGCAGAAGAAGUGAGGAAAAACAAAGAACUUAAGGAAGAAGCUUCAAGGUAGAAAGUCAAGGCAUUCACGGUGAUUUGGACUGUGGACCCCCAACGGGUGCUUGAGCUGCCCAGCACAAUGUUACGCGACAGAGACUCUUUUUUGCUUUAUUUGUUUGUGAAUGUCCAGAGAUGAUCGGCAAAGCCACCUUUUUUUCAAGAAGCUUAGGGCGGGAACUGGGACGACGUAACGGGAGGGGUUGGCCAUCUCAUCCGCAAGUCCAAAAGAGUUGUACCCAUGAACCCAGCCUUCUACGUUCUCUUCAUGUCAAUACCAGUAUGAUGCGUUUAAUAAAGCAGCUUGCUGUGAUGGGGAAAGCGCUGGUGGUUUUAAACUACGGCAGCGCAGAUGAACCAACCAUUCUCUCUAUCUGACUGCUAUAGGGAGGGCUGUUUAACGGCACUGAUUUUAUAUGUCUACGUCCUCAUCAAUACAUACAUUAAUACCAGGUUA